AUGUCUCUCACAAACGAAGAUUGGGAAGAGAUCCGUCAGGACAUCCCCUCAGUCUCGGAACCUUUCAUCGCCCAGUACAUCAACGGCCGUGAGGCGCUCAUCGCCCAAGAGCAUAAGUCACGCGCGGACGCAUCCUUCCGUGCCGCAGCGUCCCCGAUUGCCCGUCGCGCGGCUGAUAUCGUUUCCCGCAUCCGUGAUGAAGAGAAGCGGACGAUAUGGAACGCAGAGGCCGAGGAGGACCUCGCAACAAGCGAGGGCCUUGCGCCUUUCCCUGGAAUGAUGUUCACGCUCGCCAAGCAACGCCUUGAGACAACCCGUUUGUGGCGCAUUGUCCAGAAAAUGCCCAAGGGCUCCCUCCUCCACUCUCACUUGGACGCCAUGGUUGACUUUGAUUUCCUGUUUGACGUUCUGUUGAACACCCCGGGCAUGCAUUUCGCAGCAGACGAGCCACUGUCAAAUGAGACAGCAAAGUCCAACUCUGGCGUUCACUUCAGAUACAGAAAGGCAGCGAAUAGCAAAAGCUCACCGUGGGACAAGGACUACGUUCCAGGAGAGUUCCGGCUGUUGACCAAGGCAGCGGACGAAUAUCCCGACGGUGGGAGGCCAGGAUUCCUGAAAUGGCUGAAAGCGAGAUGCACAAUCACGUUGACGGAUAGCAUGGAGCAGCAUCACGGUAUCGACGCUGUGUGGCGCAAGUUCGCCUCGUGUUUCAGGGUCACCAGCACCAUCAUUCACUACGAGCCCAUUUUCCGUGCGUUUCUCAGAAGACUCAUGGCAUCGCUACUAGCGGACGGCAUCUACUGGAUUGAGCUUAGAUUCACGUGGCCCUUGAACUACUGCCGCGACAACCAAGAAGAGCCCGAGAAGGACUACAACCACAUGUUCCAGGUGAUGGAGGAGGAGCUCGCGCUCUUCAAGUCCAAUCCUGCCAACGCCGCCUUCUGGGGCUUCCGCACCAUCUGGACCACCAUCCGCCAGCUGCCCACGCGCGACAUCAUCGAGAGCAUGGACAACUGCAUCACUACCAAGAUCUCCUGGCCGCACCUCAUUGCCGGCUAUGACCUCGUGGGCCAGGAGGAUCUGGGCCGGCCCCUUCGUGACCUGCUCCCAGAACUGUUCUGGUUCCGCAAGCAGUGCGCGCAGGAGGGCGUCAACCUGCCUUUCUUCUUCCACGCCGGCGAGACGCUCGGCGACGGGGAUGAGACGGACCAGAACCUCUUCGACGCCGUCCUCCUCGGCACCCGCCGCAUCGGCCACGGAUUCUCCCUGUAUAAGCACCCUCUUCUCAUCGAUAUGGUCAAGGACAAGCGCAUCCUUGUCGAGUCGUGCCCCAUCAGCAACGAGGUCCUCCGCCUCUGCGGCUCCAUCAUGUCGCACCCGCUUCCCGCACUGCUGGCCCGCGGCGUUCCUUGCGCCCUCUGCAAUGACGACCCAGCCAUGCUGGGCCAGGAUACGGCGGGCAUGUCACAUGACUACUGGCAGGCGCUGCAGGGGUGGGAGAACGUCGGGCUGCUGGGCUUGGGCUCCAUGGCCGAGAACAGCGUGCGGUGGUCCGCGUUUGAGGACGAGACGCCUGAACAGUGGACCGCAGGCAUCAAGGAGGCGAGCUUAGGGUCGAGCGUCAAGGCGGACCGGCUCAAGCAGUGGGCGACCGAGUGGGAGAAGUUCUGUCUGUGGGUCGUGGAGGAGUUCGGUGAGGAGUCAGAGAAGGCGUAA